UCUGAAUCUGAUCCGAAAUUUUCUCCACCCAGAUCUGUUGAUCUACAGAGAUUUCACAUUGCUUCAAUGGAUCUUCAGACGAAUGAUCUCCAUGAAUUCAGUCAUGGAUCGUUCAGAAACGCUACGUUCGAGGCUUCCAACCCUUCUUACCAGAGGAACACUUCCUUGGGCUGUUUUCCUGCGCCAAGGAAUCCUUGGUCUUCUGUAUCAUUGGUUUCCUCCUCCACCUCCGCCUCCUUCGAGGAGGAAAUGGAUUCGUCAAGCCAUGGUCUCAUGCCUCCUACUUUGCCCAGUUGUGUUUCAAGCUGUGUUGGAUCAUCGCCUGCCGUCUUCUUUGCUUCUGAGCAAUCGAUGAGCUUCCCUCAGCUUUACUUGUACCGAUCUGAGACCCUUCCAUCUUUCUCUAAAUCAACAAAGAACAGGCCUGCAGCAGCAUCGUUCUUCUUCGAUAGAGACGACGACUCCGUGAAGCAAUACAGACUUCCUUCCCAACCGAGGGAUGCUUUGGACUCGGACUUGAAGCUUCCAAUGCUGCAGAACACAAGGGCAAGUUCCAGAGAUGGUUUCCAGGCCAGCCGGAUUCAACCUUAUCCAGGAAGAGCAGAUUGGAGUGCCUCAUUGCAAACGAAGCAUUUAAGUCCACCUCAAGUUGUUCAUGAUCCUUCUGUCGGAUGGGGUAUACCGAGCUGUUCAAUGGACAAGCCAAACCUUCGUCUUCAAACAGAGAAGCAACUGCCCAUCACCUCUGCAAGUGUCUCGUCUGCCACAGCCAUCUCAAACAAAACACGAAUCAGGUGGACACAGGAUCUCCAUGAGCGGUUUGUCGAGUGCGUGAAUCGCCUUGGAGGAGCUGAGAAAGCAACUCCAAAGGGGAUUCUGAAGCUGAUGAACUCAGCUGGGCUAACCAUAUACCACGUCAAAAGCCAUUUGCAGAAAUAUCGGAUCGCCAAGCACAUACCAGAAUCUACUGAAGGCAAGUUCGAACGAAGGGCUGCCGCCGUCAGUGUCACAGAACUCGAUCCUAAAAUUGGCAUGCAGAUAUCAGAAGCAUUGCGGCUUCAGCUGGACGUGCAAAUGCGCCUCCAUGAGCAGCUAGAGAUUCAGAAGAAUUUACAGCUGAGAAUAGAGGCACAAAGCAGAAAGCUCCAGCAGAUGUUCGAAGAGCAGGUGAGAACAACCAAAGGUCCUGCCGAGCUUGAAAACCUGGGUGAUCUGUUUUCGGGGAGUCCUGCAGCGAGUCUUGAAGAUGCUCAGUUGUGGUGUGCCCCGGAUGGGCCACAGAGCGCAGACUUCCCAUUGCAGAAAUGCUAGCUUUAAGAUACAGCAUAGAAUUGCUGUGUAAGUGUGCAUAAACCUACCAGCUUGACUGCUGAUUAAUGCUGGUCAACAAGUAAUUCUUAGUGAAUGGAUGCCUGUUGUAAUAUCCUCAUUUACGUAAAUCAUCUUAAUUUUCAAAUUAUAUUAAUCGAAAAUAUCUUUUUCAUUAAUAGCGGCUUG